AUUGAGGCUUGGCCGGCCCUGCCCCGAGCGUGACAUCUCGGCUCAUGACCGUCACAGGGCUCCUCCGGGGCGGGGACACGGCCCUAUAAAUCCGCCCCAAAAGCGCCUUUUCCUCAAUGAAAAGCUCGGGGAGGCAGAGCAGGGCCGGGGGAAUAAAAAGGAGAAGGUACAGCGCGGGUUUUGUUCCGCUUUAAGUUCUUUUAGCCUUCCCGAUUUUAUUUUUUUUCCCCCCUCCCUCCCUCGCCACAUUCCGGCUCAAGAGGCGACUCGGCGAAAUGAAAUAUAUUAUAGGCAUCGGAGGGGUCACCAAUGGUGGCAAAACCACCUUGACCAACAGGCUCGUCAAGGCGCUGCCCAACUGCUGCGUGGUCCAUCAGGAUGAUUUCUUCAAGCCACAAGAUCAAAUAGAAGUCGGGGAAGACGGCUUUAAGCAGUGGGAUGUGUUGGAUUCCCUGGACAUGGAGGCCCUGGUGAGCACAGUGCGGGCCUGGAUUGAGAACCCAGUGAAGUUUGCCCGCUCGCACGGGGUGAAUGUCACACCUGGCUCUAGAGAGCCAGCCUCCCAACAUAUCCAUAUAUUGGUCAUUGAAGGCUUCCUGCUUUAUAAUUACAAACCUCUGAUCGAGCUCUUUGACCUUCGCUACUACCUGGCCGUGCCCUACGACGAGUGCAAGAGGAGGAGGAGUACACGGAAUUACACGGUGCCCGACCCCCCGGGCCUGUUCGACGGCCACGUGUGGCCCAUGUACCUCAAACACAGGAAGGAGAUGGAGGACUCGGGGGUGGAUGUGGUUUAUUUAGAUGGCCUGAAGUCCAGGGAUGAACUCUACAACCAAGUGUUUGAAGAUAUUCACAACAAGCUCCUAAAUUGCUCCUAGGGUUGGGAGGACCCUGAAAAUCCGUGUACAGCGAUGUAAAUAAUACUUGGAAGUGGGAGUGGGAAUUUGUGUGAACUCCUCUCCCUCUGCCCUUUGGCAAAUCCCUUCUGUAUAUAAUUGAAAACUGAGGAUAACUUAUUCCCACCGCAUGGACAGGACGGCCUGGGUGGGGUUUAUUUUUUAAUUAUUUUAUAUUCUGCUGGCUUACAGAGAAGCUGGAAACGGCAUUUUUAUAGCAGAGCAAGUAGAGCUGUGCUGGGAAAACAAAGAGAGCUGCUGCAGACAGAAAGGCUUCGUGCAAGGCUUGUUUGUAACAUCACCAACUCACUAAAAAUCCACUUCAGUCUCCUUCUGAGGUCCUGAUUUAAUUCAUCACUCAAUGGAUAAUCACUGCAAUAAAAUGGGUGUGGAGCUCACCCAAAACACAA